GUUUAAUGCUAAUACCAAGCUUUUAUGUAGACUUAGAACAGCUUAAUAAACACGUAGCAAAACAGGUCCCACAGAGGCGAUGAGGAAGUAGUCUCACUGAUUCGUUCGCUGACAAAAAAGUUUCCCAGAAUUCCCAGCAGCCAUGAAGCUUCGAUUGCACUUCGUGGUGGACCCUAUGGGCUGGCUGUGCAUCAGUGUGGUAUUUGGGAUCUGGCUCUACAACACCUUUUUUGUUCCCAAACUGGUUCUGUUUCCACACUACAAUGAGGGACACAUUCCUUGGGCCAUUGUUGUUUGUUACUACAUAGCAUCAGGACUCUGCCUAGCAGCACUGUUCAGAGCUUCCACAGCAGAUCCAGGCCGUCUUCCUGCGGACCCACACAUACCUCAUGCUGAGAGAGAGCACUGGGAGUUGUGCAAUAAGUGCAACUUAAUGAGACCUAAACGGUCGCACCACUGCAGUCGCUGUGGCCACUGUGUGCGCAGGAUGGACCAUCACUGUCCCUGGAUUAAUAACUGUGUGGGAGAGGACAACCACUGGCUCUUCCUGCAGCUGUGUUUCUAUGCUCAGGUCCUCAGCUUAUUCACGCUGGUGCUGGACUUCUGUCAGUACUAUUACUUCCAGCCCCUGACAGGACUAGACCAGGAAAAGUUCACUACACGUCACGAACUGGCUCUGCUGCGAAUCUCUGCGCUAAUGGGCGUGGUCAUGUUUGGAGGCAUGUCUUCUUUGUUUUACACACAGAUGACUGGCAUCCUCUCGGAUAUGACCACCAUCGAGAAAAUGGCUCACUUUUCAAAUGAAACAUAUGGCGCAAAGAGAUCCUGGCAGUGGGCGCUAGCUGAAGUUUGUGGCACUCGCUGGAAACUCCUUUGGCUCAUCCCACUCCGAAGCAGACAGCCACUUAACGCCAGCCACCAGUUCCGCUCACACGUGUAGGCCGGUAGCGCUCCCACCUGCACAGAUGGUAGGAGCUGCCCUGAUGAAACACUGUAUACACACCUAAGAAUCCAUCUGCUCGCCUUCACCAUCCUCUUUUGUGCUACGAGAGCUGGGCAGCAGUCUUGGUUUUUCAGUGGAUAUGCCAAGUUUUUUUUGUUUUUUUUCCCUUUGCCUUUCUCUACAAGGCCCAGACUGGCAGAAAACAGGGUCAAGAAACACCUUUGGGAGUAAUGGGAAAUGUUGUGUUUUUAACUCACUGUGACUGCUACUUUAAGCAUUUGGAAACCACUUUUUCUGGCUAAUUGCAAAAGAAGGAUGGAGGUUUUCAUCUGAAAGCAGCUGGUAAAGGAACCCCCCCUCUCAGGUUACUUUAAUAAAGAGCCUUGACUACUGACCUUUAAUCAUCUACAGACGGAACAACGGUUAUUUUAGUGUGUCUAUUAGACUGGCGUUUUUUUGUAAGAAGUUUGUGCCUUGUUUCUUUUAGCGGUCCUCUUAAUUUGUGUGUGUUUGUUUGAUGUUUUCCAGCUACUUCUAGUUUGGAAG